GUUCUGGCCCGUCAUCUCCAAAUGUACUCCUCCUGGGUAGCUUCCCUCCUGCUCAUGCACAUCAAAGAAUGCUCUCACCUCAGCCUGUCAGCAUACAACAAUAUGAUUCAUUAUUUCAGGAUCGUUUGAGCAGAAUGGAGGUGGGUUUCGUUGACAGAUUCCACCAGCUCGAGGACACCCUCCGACGGCUCACUGACACUUUGGUGUUGAACAGAGAAGGAUCCAGCAGCAAUGCCCUAGGCCGACCGGGCCAGACGCGACCGAACUGCGACGACAACACAGAGAAAAGUAAUGGGGGCCGACCGCCUUUCUACUCUGAUGCAAAAAGUGUUGCUUUUGCGGGAGAUGUGUGGAGAUCUCUUACACAUGGAGGGGGAGGCACUGGGGAAGAUGGUAACCUCCAGAUUGAUAGAAUUGAUGAAAUGGAUGUUAUUUCUAAACAAUUUUCUGCGAGUUUGGAUGAUGCCCAGAUGCAGACUAUUGGUAUUGAUGAUAAAAUAGCGGAGGUGUAUGAGAUUGACAUGGAGAAACUGAAAAAUCUCCUGUCUCUUUUACAAAGCUCCGUUGGCGAUGCUCUGACGCUCUGCCUUGCUAAUAUGGAUUGGAAUUUGCAGAAUUUGUUGUUGAAGUACUUAGAACUCCAUAUAUUCUGGGAGAGAUUUUGAUUAUGUUUUUCAAGUGGGCAAUGAAGAAGCCAAAGUUCAAAUUGACAAGGUCUGUUAGGGAAGCUCUUGUUCAUGGUGUUAGUACUGGUUUGAGGAAGAGGAAAGUCUAUGCUUUUGGGGAUUUGAUUAAGGAGGUUGGGGAAAAGGAGAAUGGUCUAUUAAGCAUAGAUAUUCUCAAUGAGUUAAUAGCUUCUUUAUCAAAAUUGAGUAAAUAAAAAACAACUUUGGAAGUUUUUAACAAAUUUUGGGGAAUUUGGGCGCAACCUGAAUGCAGAAAUUUACUAUUUCACCAUUGAAGCACCUUCGUUGGUGUGGAUGGUGGCCGCGGCGGCGACAGUCAUCAUGAAUGGAAGCUUUGAUGAUGAGAACGCGGGUCCUGAAAGGGAUAAAGAGAUGACGAGAACAAAACUUGAGGAGGAGAUGGGUUUUGGAUUUGAUGGCGGAGGGAA